AAUUAAAAAUAAAAAAGGAAAAGAAGUGAAAGGCAUUGUCCUGGAAGGCAGCAGGAAAGAACACUGCUAUUAGUAUCUCUAGUAAUGUUUGAUCCCACUUAGGAAAAGUUGUAUUCAAGUAACAAGAUCAUAGUCCUUCUGCGUCCACCACCCUUCUGUUGUGGCCCCGCAGAAGCAGCCCUGACUGCAGAUUAAUUGUAGAUUAAAUACAACCACAAGACAAUACCAUGCAGAAAUUAAAGAGGAACCCUUUAUAUCUCUGGUUCAUGCAUCAAAAAAGUAGUAACAAAGUUAUGGAUUCCUCUUUAGGAUCCUCUGACAACAGUGAUGACAAGGGAAAUAACAAUGCUCCAAUGCCCUCUUCGGUGUCCUCUGGCCACAAUAUCGACCAUAGCCCAAACCAUUAUGAAUUGACACCAGAAUCUUAUGAGGAAGGCAGCAAUGAAAUCCCUGCCCAGAAUGAAUUGGCAUUGGAAACCUAUGAGGAAUUCUCCAAUGAAAUCCCUGCCCAGAAUGAAUUGGCAUUGGAAACCUAUGAGGAAUUCUCCAAUGAAAUCCCUGCCCAGAAUGAAUUGGCAUUGGAAACCUAUGAGGAAUUCACCAAUGAAAUAAUUGCCCUGACUGAACUGAAAUCAGACAGCUAUGAAAACACCAGUAAAAUAAUAUUUGGAAUUUUACUGAUUUUUGUGGAUCUGUCCCUCAUCAUUACAGACCUACUUGUCACUGAGAGCACAAUGUAUAUUCCUUUGGAGUAUCGUUCAAUUUCUUUAGUUAUUGGUUUAUUUUUUUUCGUGGAUGUUCUUCUUCGAGUAUAUGUAGAAGGGAUACAACAAUAUUUUUCUGAUAUACUUAACUACUUAGAUUCUGUCAUUAUUGUAGUGACUCUACUGGUUGAUAUGAUUUAUAUGUUUUAUGACUUUAAGUCUCUUCAAACUAUCCCCAGAUUGACAAUUUUAUUUCGACCUCUACGACUUAUCAUUCUGAUAAGAGUUUUUCAUCUGGCUCAUCAAAAGAGACAUCUUGAAAAGCUGGCCAGAAGGAUGGUUUCAGGAAACAAACGGCGAUACAAGAAGGAUGGAUUUGACUUAGACCUCACUUAUGUUACUGAGCGUAUUAUUGCUAUGUCAUUCCCAUCUUCAGGAAAGGAGUCUUUCUAUAGGAAUCCCAUUAAGGAAGUUGUGCGGUUCCUAGAUACCAAACAUCAAGACCACUAUCAAGUCUACAAUCUAUGCAGUGAAGGAGCUUAUGAUCCUAAGUACUUCCAUUACAGGGUCCAGCGAAUCAUGAUUGAUGAUCACAACGUCCCCACUCUAAGUGAGAUGGUGGCAUUCACCAAGGAAGUAGAUAAGUGGAUGGCUCAAGAUGACGAAAACGUCAUAGUGAUUCACUGUAAGGGAGGCAAAGGAAGAACUGGAACUAUGAUUUGUGCCUACCUUAUUGCCAGUGAAAUAUUUAUAACUGCAGAGGAGAGCCUUUAUUAUUUUGGAGAACGGCGAACAGAUAAAAGCACCAGCACUAAAUUUCAGGGAGUUGAAACUCCUUCUCAGAAUAGAUAUGUUGGAUAUUUUGCAGAUGUGAAAAAUAUCUACAACAUGACUCUCCCUCCAAGAAAAACACUCAAGAUAAAAAAAAUCGUUAUUUAUUCAAUUCAUGGUAUUGGAAGAGGCAAUGGAAAUGAUCUAAAAGUACAAAUAAUAAUGCAGCACAAGAUCAUCUUUUUCUGUUCUGCUUCCAAAAACUGUCGGAUCCUUCAUGACGUUGAAACAGACAGCGUCAUAAUUCAUCUAUCCAACUGCCCACCUCUGUAUGAUGAUGUGAAAGUGCAGUUUCUCUCUUCUUCGGAUCUUCCUAAAUACUAUGACAACUGCCCAUUUUUCUUUUGGUUCCAUACAUCUUUUAUACAAAAUAACAGGCUUUAUCUUCCAAGAAAUGAAUUGGAUAAUCCCCAUAAACAAAAAACAUGGAAAAUUUACCGUCCAGAGUUUGCAGUCGAGGUAUAUUUUGAUGAAGUCGUAGCUGAUACCUGAUCAAGUGUAGUUCCCUUUCUAGGACAGAAUCAUGUUCUUCGCAAUCCCUGCCACAUAUUUAUG